AUGGAACCAGAUAUUAUUCGAAUGUACUCCUCAUCCCCUCCACCACUAGACAAUGGAGCCAAUGAUGAUGAAGAUGAUGAAUUUGGAGAAUUUGGAGGAUUUUCUGGUGUAAGCACUGCUGGUGUAGCUUUUGCUGAUUUUGAUACACCGGACUACAGUCAUCCAAAGGAGGAGUUUAUACCCACAAAUCAUUUCAUCCCACUUCGUGAUUAUUCUGACAAUGUAGCUAGCAUUGCAACUUUCACAUCUGUUAAAAAUGUUAAAGAUAAAGACUGCAUUGCAGAGCUUCCUACUCUUACUAAGGAACUCUCUGAUAUGUCAGCUUCUAGUACCAGCAAAGAAAAAUCUAAGUUUAGAACUUCAGGUACUGCUUUAGAAGAUGUAAACAAAAGAGGGGAACAAAGAGACAACACAGGGAAAUCGGAGGGUUUUUCUUCUCAUGUCGUUAGAACUGGUAUAGCAGUUGAGAGCCAGGAUGAGCAAAUAGAUGCUUGUAAUGGUGAGAAACUUCCAUGUCUAGAGAUUCUAACAAACGGAUUUGCAGCACCGGAUCCUGUAAAUCCUCAGGGAACAGAAGAUCUAGACAGUGUCAGUGACUCAAAGGGACUGAAAACUGUUAGCACCCAUAGUACUGAGAAAAAUUUGAACUCAAUGCCUAGCUCAGGUGAAGACUUUGCAGAUUUUGCUACAUUCUCAAACAAAAAGCCAAUCUGUUUAGAGGGAACAGGACCUACAAUACACAGUGUUCUUAAUGAAAGGGACUCUCUGAGCAUUCAGGAGAACAACAGAAUAAACAGAGUAACUUUUAUUGAAGAAGAGGUUUGCAUUUCAGAAAUUAGUUGUGAACAGGGUCCCUCAGCACUGGAAGAUACUGAUUUUGCAAUUUCUAGUACGUCUCGAACAACUGGAAGUUCAAUAUGCACUACUGAAAAUGGAGAACACAGUGGGAGGAGAAGACAACAUGGCACAGAGAAUGGCAAAGAUUUUACUAGGCCUGAUGACUCUUCGGGAACAGAGGACAUCAAGGUUGGUAAGAUCCAAAGCCUAAGCAGUGAUCUUGCAGGAGAAAAAUUGGGUCAUUCUGCAGAUCUUAAGAAUGGUGGAAGCAGUACUGAAGUUGUAGCAUGCAGUGACACACAUGAUGAUGAUUUUGGUGAUUUUGGUUCAGUCAGCAGUGCAUCUCCCACCUUCAUUAAUGCUCAAGAAUCGAUAAAUGCUCUAGAUUUAGAAGGAACUUCCGAAAAGCGCACAUAUAUUAGCGAACCUAAUGAUGAAUUUGGUGAAUUCAGGGACACAAGUACUGUUUCUCAGCAGCCAGCAAGGUUGGAUCAAGCUGAACUAGAUCAGACUGCUGACACUUUAGAAUGUGAUACUACCAGUAAAACUUCUGGCUUAGACUUCCAGCAUACUACUGAGGCAGAAAAUGGUGAUGAUAGUGAAUUCGGAGACUUUGAUUCAGUGCCAAAAUCUCAAGAUGAGAGUGUUGCUUUUCAGGACUUUUCAGCAGGUUGUAACCAGGCUACAGAUUGGAAUGCUUUUGAAGAUGAACAAAGAGACAGCUGUUCUUGGGCUGCCUUUGGAGAUGAGCAAGCUGGUGAAUCUCAUCACAGAAAAGAGACAUGGCAGUCACAUAGGACAGAUGCAUCUGACAGGAUUGACGGUCCAGUAUUACACAAGACUGACAGUUUUGCUUUAGCAUCUUUCCAAGGAACUACCAGUAAGCAAUCUCAAGAGCCAGCACCUUCAGUUCAGUUCAGAGUAUGCUCUGUCUUUUUGGAACGUGCAGCAACACCAGCAAUAAAGGGUAUUAGCGGUAGUAUGUGUCUAAAAGGUUUAGAUCUUCUCCAGCAGUCAAAGGAAAUGAG